AUGCAAUAAAGCACUCAAUGAGAACCUCGAAUUCGAGGUGCUGAUGAGAACAUAUUAAAGUAACAAAAGGAGGUGGUCCCUAUAUCACCCAUCAAAAUGUAAAUGAAUGUAGACUUAAAAGAGUAUCAAUUUAGCUUUGCCUCCAUCAGACUGCCAUUCAAGCAGGCCAAAGAUUUUGAACUGCUGAAUUGAAAUCUUAAAUCUUUUUCAAACUACUACACCCACCUAGUUAUAAUUUCUGUAGUUUGCAAUCCAUUUAUAGAAAUUGUUCUCACAGUUGAGGCUUAUUGGACCCAGUGUAGGCAAAAGAUUGAAGUGGUACAUACCUUCAUCUUUGCUUGAAGUGGAUGUCAAUUUCUGGCUUUUGAGCAUUGUUCUCAAUGGCAAAGUCGAUUGGCUGGUUGAUCCAAAAUUUUUAUUAGACAUUACCCAGAGUAAUUUAAAGGUUUAAGUUUUCUAGAUCAAAGUUCGAUAAACAAUGUUUGAGAAAAUCAUGCACAAAAUUCAAGAAAUCCUCUAUGCUACCUAAUCUCUAAAUGAAAAAUCAUUGAUCAAAAUUAAUAAUUGGAAAAAUACCUCUUAAUGAAGCAAACCUCCUUGAUAAGAUUGUGAUUCAAGUCGCCUCUAGUGUCGGCAGGAAAUGCAUGAAAUUAUGAAUGGCAUAAUCAGUUACGUUGGGGCUCUGAUCAACAGCCGCUCAGGUACCAUUUCAGAAGCUGGAGUGAAGGGGCUGACCACACACUGAAUUUUGGAAAAUCCUUUAGGAUCUAUGAUGCCGUCACGCAAGGUUAAAAUUCCAAAGGCAAAAAUUUUGAAGGCCUGCAAUUCAAUGAAAGCAAUGGGCAUUGCUGAAGAACUUGUAAGGCCAGUUCUCAAUGAUCUUGCAAAUUUAUAUGACAACAACUGGGCACUUAUUGAAGAUGAAAAUUAUAGAGUUCUUAUAGAUGCCAUUUUUGAGCAGCAGGAAGUUAAGGGUACAAAAUCCAAGGCAAGAGAGGAAGAAGCGUCUUUAGAUGAUGAGUCAGAAGACUCUGAACUGCCUCUGAAAAGAUUGUGCUCAAGACAGCAAAAAGAUGCUUUGGUGGCAAUGGUUGACUCGGUUGCAGGUUUUGGUGGAACUCCAUCAAGAAGUUCACAAGAAUUGCCUCAAUUUCAUUGGAGGAAGAACAGAGUCGGGUCAACUCAACAUUUUGAAGGAGAUGAACUAGUUAAGUCAGUGCCUCUUUUACCACCAGAAGGUGUCAGUAACAAGUACCCGGAGACUCGUCCAAUCCUAAGAGAAAAAGAACCACCUCAACCAUGCCUUAAGGACCAAAGAGGUCGAUCUGAUCCUCUUUUUCCUCGUACACAAGUGCAAGACAAAGGAAAGAAGCCAAUUCAUCCUCGACUUGGUCAAAUAGAGAAUAGAUUAAAUUAUGAAAAGGAAACACAUAUUGAGUGCUUUAAAGUGCCAAAGAUUGAGCCUGACUGUGUUAAUUCUCCCACAGAAGAUGCAGUUAAUAAGUGUCAUAAUGCCCCUUCAAUUGUGCCUAAAAAUAAAACAUUCACCAAUGACAACUUGCAACUUGUGGUUCCUCUUGUUGUGAUCCAUCCAGCUUCUCCCAGUCUAAAAAGUGAAGAUGGUCCUUCAAGUGGAAAUUGCUCUCACUCUAAAGAAGAUGAGCACAAAGUCCAUGAAUCCAACUAUUUGGAUGUAGCAGAUGAAGCAAAUGCUUCUGGAGAGGAUCAAGCCAAUGGUGUAUCUGAUUCAUCACAAUUUGAUAUUGCUUCCUCUCCCAAUGGCGAGGUGAAAAUUUCCCUCAUCCUCAACACUUCUCAGCAAUCUGGUUGUCACAUUCCAAAUUUAGAUGCAGUUUCAAAAGCACUGGAGGAUAAGUGCCGUGGCACGUAUGGAAUUACAGAACCUAGUUUCUCAGUGAUGAAAUUGAUGCAAGAAUUCUGUGAGUACUUCUUAGCAAUAGGUGCUGAUUCUACCGAUGACGAAAAGUUAAAGACCAUGGAAACAUCAUCAACACUUGAUAUAUUAAAGGAACCUGCAGCACAAGAUGUGCUUGGCAGAGGUGAUCAUAAAGGCAAGUUUUGCAUUCCAUCAAGUUCUUCAAAUGGAUCUGUCAAAUGUCAGAAUCUUGUUGAAGUGGGUCAAAAAAUUCCAAGACCUAUAUACAUGAAUGGUUUGGAUAUUCUUCGCUGCACUUUAACUUCAAAUAAGGUUAACAAAAGCUGUUACAUUGAAAGGGAUGAGAAUUUAAAGGUAUUGAGAGGCCCAGAAUCUUUGAAUUCAUGUGGUAUAGUGGCUGUUCAGAAGCAUUGUUUCUCUGUUGACACAGUGAAACCCCUUCAAUAUUUUGAUGACAUAACCAAAGGUGAAGAAAUGGUAAAGAUCUCCUUGGUAAAUGGAACCAGCUCCCAACUUCCUCCCAACUUUUUCUACAUUCCACAGAACAUAGUUUUCCAAAAAGCAUAUGUGAAUUUUGCGCUUGCUCGUAUAUCAGAUGAAGAUUGUUGUUCAAAUUGUUUUGGGGAUUGUACAUCAUUGGCCAUACCUUGUGCAUGUGCCCGUGAAACUGGGGGUGAAUUUGCUUACCAACAAGGAGGACUUGUAAAGGAAAAGUUUCUAGAGGAAUGUAUCUCUAUGAAUCGUGACCCUCAAAACCAUCGCCUUUUUUAUUGCAAAAAUUGCCCACUAGAAAGGUCUAGGAAUGAAAACACAUCUAAUCCAUGCAAAGGCCAUUUAGUGAGAAAGUUCAUAAAAGAGUGCUGGUGUAAAUGUGGAUGCAGUAAGAAGUGUGGAAACCGGGUUGUUCAGCGUGGUAUAACAGUGAAUUUGCAGGUAUUUUUGACUCCUGAAGGGAAAGGUUGGGGUCUCCGAACUCUGGAGAACUUGCCAAAAGGUGCUUUUGUUUGUGAAUAUGUGGGAGAAAUAGUAACCAACACAGAAUUAUAUGAGCGAAAUUUGCGAAGCACCGGUAAGGAGCGACAUACAUACCCAGUGCUGCUAGAUGCAGAUUGGGGUUCAGAGGGAGUCUUAAAGGAUGAAGAAGCCCUUUGUUUGGAUGCAACAUUUUAUGGUAAUGUUGCAAGAUUUAUUAAUCACAGAUGUUUUGAUGCCAACUUGGUUGAGAUCCCAGUAGAAGUGGAGACCCCAGAUCAUCACUAUUAUCAUCUUGCCUUUUUCACAACAAGAAAGGUCGAUGCUUUGGAAGAGCUGACUUGGGACUAUGGCAUUGACUUUGAUGACCAUAAUCAUCCAGUGAAGGCAUUCCGAUGUUGCUGUGAAAGCAAGGGCUGCCGAGACACAAGGAAUUCAAAGAGACAUGGUGUUAAAAGGCGAAAGAUGGAGAUGAAGGCGUAAGCCUCAUAACAUGAAGUUAACUAGAUGGAGCUCGUGAAUUUUGAGAUGACCAACUAACGUGGGGCGCAUUGAGAGCUGUGGGGACUAUGGUCUGGGCGAUGGAUUUUGGUGUUGAGUUUGGUUUGAACUCACCCCUUUUAAGGAAGGGUCCUUGUUAACUGAAUGGUCUUUGUGAUUUCAUAUUUGAUUGACUAAAUAUAGUAUGAAAUGGGUUAAGUGAUUUC